CAACGCAGAAGAAAGCAGGCAACAAAAAAGCGCGCACACUGAACACCACCCACCACGCUGCAAGAAGAAGCCAACCAACCUGAACCAACCAACCACACUUGUUCUCUUCCCGCACAUCUCACACACAUCAAAACGACCUUCUCGACGGACUUGAUCGGCCAUGGACAGCAGCGGGCAGAUGUAUGGCCGCGCCGCCUACGAAGGGCAGGUGGUGGCCGGGCGUGAGCAAAACGACGCCAGGCACCAGCACCAGCCAUACCGUGGCGAUUGGCGCCACGUCGAUUAUGAACAACAAGAACCAGCAGAGGCAACUCGGUUUCUUGAUGACGACGACGACAACAACGAGCGGCGGUUCAUGCGGACGCUGAGGAUCAGCAACGACAAUGGAGACGACGAUCGCCGCCGUGACUACGCCGCAACCUACGCCCCUCUCAUGCGCACGAGCGACGAUGGUUAUGCGCACGCGCACCAAGAGGAGCGCCCGCACGAUCUCAGUGCCACGCAGUGGGUGCAUCCAGAGGAUACGCGGACAUUUGCCCGUGUCGCCGGCGCUGAUAUGCCCCGCUCAUCGGUGCCCAGCACCAAAACGGACACGCGACACCUUUCCCAAGAUGUGGUGAGGGCCGGCAGCCCACGCCAGCACCAACACCGGCGGCCUCCACUCAGCGGCAGCAGCAACAGCAACAGCAGUUUCACAAGCACUUUCAGCUUUGGCGAGGGUGGAUAUGGCGAUGAGGAGCCCGUGUUCCUGGUGCCUGUGGACCGCAGCCCAAGCAAAACGCCGCAUCGGCAGACAAAGCGGCGCAUCACACCGCACAACAGCCUGUCGCAAGGUGGCGUGAUCUCGGACAGCGCAGAAGAAAGACAGAGCCCACGCCGCCGGCCCCUGUCUGCAAGCGACCACCUCAUUGGUGGGGCCGUGCAUGAUGACGUGCCCAACGAGGUGGAGGAGCGCACACGACGCUCCCGCAAUGACCGCUACCAGUUCCGGCCACCCAACAGCUUCACAGCAAGCUGCCCGCUGCCCAACCCCGGUCGCAGCGCACACGAUGCUCCGCCCACACCCAACCGCCGCCACGACAACCACCCGCCAUCGUGGCUGCGUCACAGCGGCGCCGUUUCGCGCGCAUACGAGCACGUGCGCCCGCCCAGCGCACACCGACCGCGCGACAACCUGGAGACAAGCGCCGUCAUUGCCCGCGCGCCGCCCCACCGACCCUCCCGCCGCAUGUUCCACGAGAAGGACCACCUCGAAGCAAGUGGGUUCCGCCCACGUGAGGAUGCAUUCGAACAGACGUCACGCCCCCUUUCCCAGCGCUCCCAUCGCCCGCAGGACACAUGGUCCCUCGCUCCGCGCAACCCAACGCCUGCCGCCCCGACACCCGGCAACGGCGGUGGUGAUGCGCGCGCGGAUGUGUUUGACAGCGGCGCGUCGUCCUCCCGGUGCUCCACGCUGUCGUCGCCAUCGCGCUCGCGUGUUCUCUCCUUCCACGGGCACCACAUCUACGCGGAUGAGCCCCUGCUUGAGGUCGAUCACCCGGCGAAGGAUGGCCGCGCUCCCCUUGGCUCUGCCUCAACCACCCCAUCGUCCGCAACGCCAGCCUCAACCUCCUCCCCAUCGCCAACCCCAACUGCAUCCACGUGGUCGUCGUACGGCAGCCGCCGCCCCCACAGCAGCACCAGCACCAGGCCUGCUGAUGCGCUGCGCUUCUCCGGUGCCGUCGUGUCGCCAACAGCGCGCACAACGCCCGUGGACACGCGGGCCGAGGCUUUCCACAGGGCUGCGCUCGCCCACCACACCACCCAUCAGCACCAGCACCAGCACCAACAGGGCCGUCGUGUGGAGGAAGGCGAUGGAAGUGGCGAUGAAGACAAGUUUGAUCAGGAAGGCCACGUGCGCCGGAGUGCAGCAAGGAAGAGCGGUCCGCGCGUCCGUGUUGAGUCACAGCAGCGCGUGCAGCCCCAACGCAAGGUGGCAUGGACACCGCCCCCCAGCAUGCAUGCGCGGAGCCAGCACCGUCCGCGUGAUAACCUCGCCUUCUCUGGUGGCGUGACACGUCGCUCUGCUCGUCUUCUCGACCUCAUUCCUCAGUAGGCGGCAGCCGUCACGCCACGCGUGCACGCGUGUUGUGCAUGCAGAAACUCAGUUGUCGUUCGCGCAUACUUUGUCGCUGCGCAGUGGUGUUGUUGUUGUUGUAGUGGUUGUAGGUGGCUGUGGUGGUGAUUGUUAUGAUUGUAUUUGUGGCGGUGGUUUGAUAUGACCUCACUAGAAGCGGUGAAACGUCUGUGUGUGUGUGUGUGUGUGUGUGUGUGUGUGUGUGU